UAAAGAAGAAGAAGAAGAAGAAGGAAGGAGGGAAGGGAGGAAGGGAGGAAGGAGGGAAGGGAGGAAGGAAUAUUGGGUUGCUAGGCAACUAAAGACAAGCCUCCUCGUCAUCAUCUCUUGGAUCUGUGAGUUUUGCCCCGUUCAGCUGUCGCCUGUGGACAUCCUCUCUGCAGCAUAAUGUCUUGUGCAGCCUACUUAGAUGGCAACGCAACGCCAAAGUCCAUGAGCAGAGCCAAACAAUGGACUGACGAGGUGGAGAACUUAUACAGAUUCCAACAGGCAGGCUACAGAGAUGAACUGGAAUACAAACAAGUAAAGCAAGUUGACUUGAUCGACAGGUGGCCUGAGACUGGGUUUGUGAAGAAGCUUCAGCGUCGAGACAACACAUUCUAUUACUACAACAGAAAAAGAGAAUGUGAAGACCGGGAAGUCCAUAAAGUGAAGGUCUAUGCAUAUUAAGUCAGGAGUGUCCAGCAAUCUCUUUUCCAUUUUGAAUAUCUUUUGACAUGUUUGUGAAGAAGACGUUUGUAGGAAGGAAGGCAGCACCAUCCCAGCUGUGGAAUGUUGACCAGUUCACUGAAUAAAGGGUGUGAGGCUGAAGCUGUCUGAUGUGUGUGAACCUGUGAUGGGAGGUAUGUGUGUGUUAUAAGGGUCCUUUUGAUGAGUGUUUUGUUGUGGAUCCAGAUGAACUAUUGAACUGUGUGAGAGGGGCUUAUAGACUGGGGCUAUCACACCCUCAUCAUGUGAUAUUGUGACGUUAGUAUGAGGACUGGGAUUACCGUCAACAAAAUAAAAUACCUAAAGUCUGACCCCCUAACAGGGAUAUUCACAUACCAGUACACUAACUAUGAUUCACAUAUACCAGUUCUCCCAAAUACAACAUAGAGCUGCUGAGCACAUGUUCUGCUGCAUGACAUUCAUGGUUAUUCUAUAAACAUAAAUUUCUAUAUGAA